CCAGCUGACUGCAUUGUCCACCAGAACGUCCACCAGUUCUACAAAAAAAGUCUUCAUUUGAUUUAACUGUACUAUGUGCCUGUAUGCUUUCCUUUUAAUAUUCUUUACGUUUUUUAAGUACUAAUUUUAGGGAUUUUUUGGAACCGGAAGUGACGUUAUUUAAUACUACAGUCAGUGAAGCAGUGAUCACGAGAUAUACUUACACUGAAAAUAUGUCGGUCUCCAGCUCCGUGGAGGAAAUCCUGAAACAGGCAAAGGACCUUUUUGAAAAGCACUUUAAAACUUCUCCAAAUGUCGGUGGCUGUGCUCCGGGAAGAGUUAAUUUAAUUGGUGAACAUACUGAUUAUAACGAUGGAUUUGUGUUCCCAAUGGCACUGGAGCUCGUAACUGUUAUAGUUGGUCAAGCAACACCAGACCAGACGUGUCAUGUAGUGACAUCAGCUAAUGGUGUUGAUAAACCAUAUAUGAUUGAUUUUCCUAUUCCAUCAGACUCAGCUCCUCUGUCUCCAGGCAAACCAUCAUGGGCUAAUUAUGUUAAGGGUGUAGUUGCCAACUUUAAAAAGCCUAUCCCUGCUUUCAAUGCAGCUAUAGCUACGUCAGUACCUCUAGGUGGAGGGCUUUCAAGCUCGGCAUCUCUAGAGGUAGCCAUGUAUACUUUUCUCGAACAGCUUUGUGGGCAGGAAGAAAAAGAUCUUAAGGCAAAGGCAUUAGCUUGUCAAAAAGCCGAGCAUGACUUUGCUGGUAUGCCGUGUGGAAUUAUGGAUCAGUUUAUUUCAGUAAUGGGGAAGAAAGGCAAUGCCUUGCUACUAGACUGCAGGUCAAUGGAGGCAAAGCUGAUACCUUUGUCAGAUCCCAGUGUAGUAAUUCUAGUUACUAAUAGUAAUGUUCAUCAUCAAUUGACUGGAAGUGAGUACCCUACCAGGAGAAGGCAAUGUGAGACAGCAGCAAGAAUUCUUGGAAAACCAAGCUUGCGGGAAGUAACUGAAGAGGAACUUAAUAAUAAUAAAGAUAAACUGGAAAGAGAAGUCUUUCAAAGGGCACAGCAUGUAAUUGGAGAGAUCAAAAGAACAACUCAAGCAGCUGAUGCUUUGAAAAGGAAUGACUAUGAAGAAUUUGGGAAACUUAUGGUGGAAAGUCAUAACUCUCUAAGGGAUGACUAUGAAGUAAGUUGUGGAGAGUUAGAUUUGUUAGUCAAACUUGCAAUGGAAGUAGAAGGUGUAUAUGGAUCUCGUAUGACAGGUGGGGGAUUUGGUGGUUGCACAGUUACGCUUGUUAAAGACUCUGCUGUGGAUAAACUCAUUCAACACUUAAAGGAUGGUUAUCCCAAUGCAACAUGCCUGAAAACCAUCCCAGCUGAUGGUGCAAGAGGAUUAAACAUUUCCUAAAGAAGAGAUUAAACAAGAGCACACACAAUAAUUAAUAGAUAUCAGUCACCCAGAAGAAGUCUAUAAAUUGGAUACUGAAUCGUUCUUGUAUGAAUUCAACUUUAGCAUGGAUUAGCAAUAUCAAUUUUUCUAGAUAUUUGAUAAGCAAUAUACAAUAUCCAUGUCUGAUUUGUAUGGACUUUACAGCCAUCAGCUUGCCCUUGUUAAUGUCCAUACAGUUUAGCUGCUCAUUAUUACUAGAUAAUUACAGGAUUAUGUACAAUUAUUACUAAAUUAGUCUUGGUACUUUGUCAUUUGCCUUAGCAUGAUCUUCGUAAACCUGUGAAAUAGAUGUCAGUGUAGUCAGGAAUAAAUAUCCAAAACAAUACUAAACUUGAAACUACCUUCCAACAUUGGCAAUACACUACCUAUUUAUUACCGAUAUUAGAGAUAUUUUCCUGUGCCCGUAAAUGAAUAUAUAGUUAACAUAAUACAUAGUAGACACAGAUUCCACUAUGUUUCAUGGGCUGAAUGAAAUCACUCUAUAGGAAAUGUAUUUAGCACUACUGCAUGCUAAUUUUUUUCCUAUUGUGUUUAUCUGUUCCAUAUUUAUACAGGGCUUAAAACUAUACUUAUUAAUGUUCAUAUCUUAUAUUCAAUACAAGCUGCCCAUACAUGACAAAACACUCAAGAUACCAUGACAAAUAAGGAUUACCAUAUACUAUACUGCUUGUGGAAUUUAAAUACAGAUAAAGAUAAAAAUAAAUUGCAUUAUGAAUGCUGUUAUUCAUUUA